AUGGCUGGCUCUCAUCCGUACCCGGCGUCUGCAGGACCUGGGGGCAACGGUAUUCGCCAGGUCGCGACUGUCUCGUCGAGCGUUGAAUGCCUGGCGACGCACAGUGAUUCAGGCCAAGCUGGAGCGCGAUAUGAACACUGUUUACGUGGAGGCCAAGAGGGUAGAAAGAUGGCCCCUGGAUAUUCGCAGCCAGUGAAAUAUAUUCUCUUCACCAUGCUUUCUUGCUUUCUGACGCAUCAAACUGCUUCCUGCCCGACAACUCUCCAGGUUGUCGUCAGGCGGGGCGCCAGCUGUGCCAGUUGUGUGCCUCAUCGGGUCAGUUUCAUUUGUGCCGCCAAGGGAGUUGGGAGAAUGUUAUACAAUCCUCCUACACAGCCAGAAUGA